ACAUUGCUGAUGCUGCUGCUGGCAGGCAUGGACGUGGUGAAUCAGUUGGUGGCUGGGGGUCAGUUCCGGGUGGUCAAGGAGCCCCUUGGUUUCGUGAAGGUGCUGCAAUGGGUCUUUGCCAUCUUCGCCUUUGCCACAUGUGGCAGUUACAGUGGAGAGCUACAGCUGAGUGUGGAAUGUGCCAACAAGACGGAGAGUGACCUCAGCAUCGAGGUCAAGUUCGAGUACCCCUUCAGGCUACACCAAGUGUACUUUGAUACACCCACUUGUGGAGGAGGCACCACUAAGGUCUUCUUGGUAGGGGACUACUCUUCGUCAGCCGAAUUCUUUGUCACAGUGGCUGUAUUUGCCUUCCUCUAUUCCAUGGGGGCUCUGGCCACCUACAUCUUCCUGCAGAACAAGUACCGAGAGAACAACAAAGGUCCCAUGUUGGACUUUCUGGCUACAGCAGUGUUUGCCUUCAUGUGGCUGGUUAGCUCAUCAGCAUGGGCCAAGGGGCUGUCAGAUGUCAAGAUGGCUACAGACCCAGAGAACAUUAUCAAAGAGAUGACUGUCUGCCGCCACACAGGGAACACAUGCAAGGAGCUGAGGGAACCUGUGACCUCUGGCCUCAAUACCUCAGUGGUAUUCGGCUUCUUGAACCUGGUGCUCUGGGUCGGCAACCUGUGGUUUGUGUUUAAGGAGACCGGCUGGGCUGCCCCAUUCCUGCGCGCGCCGCCCAGCGCUACUGAGAAGCAGCCUGCGCCCGGGGAUGCCUAUGGAGAGACAGGCUACGGGCAGGGCUCUGGAGGGUACGGGCCCCAAGAUUCAUACGGAUCCCAAGGUGGCUACCAGCCAGAUUAUGGGCAACCCGCUGGGGGCGGCGGCAGCUAUGGGCCCCAGGCCGACUAUGGGCACCAAGGCUACGGUCCUCAGGGUGCGCCCACCUCGUUCUCCAAUCAGAUGUAACCUGGUGAGUGA